GGUGGAUGUGGUUACUGUGCAGCGCUGCUUGCAGGGUUGACAUCGCGAUGAGCGCGCCGUCGUAGCUUGGCUGAGGGUGGCUGCGCAUAGCAUGGGCACCGGGGACUACAUCUGCGUGACCCUGCGUGGUGGCGCACCGUGGGGGUUCAGCCUAAGACAGGGAGAGGGGGAUAUUUACAGACCUUUACUCGCUUCCCAGGUGGAAGAUGGUAGUCGCGCCUACCUGGCCGGAGUCCAGGAGGAUGACGAGGUGGUGUCGAUCAACGGAGAACCCUGCUCUGAUCUCACGCUUUUACAAGCUUUAGCACUCAUCGAAACGUCUACCAGCACCCUGCAGUUACUUCUGAAAAGAUGCAAUUUCCUCCCCUCUGAAGACAGCGACUCAGAAGGGACGUCCCUUGGUGAAAAGGUCUCUUCAGAUGAGAAUUUAAAAAGCACCACCCUCCACAUCAUUUCCCCAAAAUCUGAAAUCCCAAGGGAGGUCCACAUAUCUGAUCCCCAAGGUAAGGUGCUCCAUCGGGAGCUGGACAGCGACACAGAAGCUCUCCCCAGAGUUAAAUUGUCAGAUGACUUGGGAGGCCAUGAGCUGGCUUUUAAGCACAACAAGGAAGUGCGACGAUGCUGUUCCCCAGGAGAGUUUGUGGAGCUUCAGGUGUCCCUGUCUGAUCAAACCUUGGCGUAUGGGGUCUGCACCUCUCUCGGGAGUGCUCGAGGGAUUGAAGGGGACUUUUCAGCAAUCGACCCCGUUCACACCACCUCAUCCCACCAUGCGCAAUGCCCCGUUAGAGAACCGCUCAGUCAGCAUGGCGUGGUGGUCCGCGCUCCCACCGUGGAGGGCACUUUGCAGCCGCCAGAUGCAUCAGGAACAGGGAGGAGCACUCUUAGCGUGGGUGGCCCCACGAUCACCGAAAACACUGGGUCGCAAAGUGAAGAGGAGGAAGGAGGGGGACCCAGUCAGCCUGUUCCUGCGUCUUUCACUGUCUCAUUCGAAAUUCCAUCGGACGAGGCAACUCUAGCAGAAGAGCAAGAAGACUCCGAAUCAGAAGGGGAUCAAGAAAAACCCAACAAGCAUCGGGCAAAACACGCAAGGCUCAGACGUAACGAAAGUCUGUCAGAGAAACAGGUGAAGGAGGCCAAAUCCAAAUGUAAACGUAUAGCUCUCCUUUUGUCGGCCGCUCCUUCAAACCCCAACAAUAAGGGGGUGUUGAUGUUCAAGAAACAUCGUCAGAGGGCCAAGAAAUACACGCUUGUAAGCUACGGCACGGGAGAGGACGAACCAGACUUCAGUGACGAAGAAGACGACGUGAACGGAGACGAUAAGCAAGAAAUCCCAGCUGGUGAAUUUAGCUUUGAAGCUGCUAUCGAUUGUGAAUCAAACAGGCCUUUUCUUUUGAAUGCUCCAGGUAGUAAAGGUGUGCUAACUUUUAAGUUAGGGAAGAGUCUUGUUGAAAUUAACAACAACUUGAACAACCAAGCUGAGAUGGAAUGUUUGCCUGAAACCAAAGGCAAGGGUGCAACGAUGUUUGCUCAAAGGCGUCAAAGGAUGGAUGAGAUCACGGCUGAACAUGAGGAACUCCGGCGUCAAGGACUACCCGUGGAAGCAGUGCAAGAGUUGGAGAAGAAGGUAACGGAGCAGUCCUAUAUUCAGUCCGCAACAGAGGGUCAUGGUUACUUGGAUGUGAAUAUGCACCAACAAAACCAACAGCAGUACCAGCAGUAUCAGGAGCAACAGUAUUAUGAGCAACAACAAAACUACCAACAGCAGCAACAGUAUCAACAAUAUCAGCAGCAGCAGUAUGAGCAACAAUACAAGCAACAACUGUAUCAGCAGCAGCAACAGUAUCAUCAGGAGCACCAGCAAAUGCAGCAGUAUUCUACAAAUAUCAAUGGCGCAAUCCAGCAUCAAACUAAUGAAAUUCAGAGUUCUUACAACAACCGUACUGCAAAACCUUUCAUAACAGAAAAUCUGGUGGCAACACCUUAUUCUCAUGGAGCAAGUGGGACCAAUCAAGAUCCUGUUGGCCAAGGAGAGCAGAUAGCUUCCCGUGAUGAGCGCAUUUCUACUCCUGCAAUUAGGACAGGCCUGCUCUCGGACUCCAGGAGAAAGAAUACCGGCAAGCCUAUGUUUACUUUUAAAGAAACCCCAAAAGUAUCACCUAACCCUGCAUUGCUGAACCUUCUCAAUAGAAGUGACAAAAAAGGUUUUGAGUCUGGUCCUGAAGAAGACUAUCUUAGCCUUGGGGCGGAAGCUUGCAAUUUCCUCCAGUCUCAAAGACUUAAACCUAAGAUUCCUCCACCAGUUGCGCCAAAGCCUUUGAUCAACCCCAACUCUCCUCCUUGGUCUGCUCAGAUAGAAGCAGCCAACCAGGACGUGCCUCAGUGUGCUGAAAAUAGUCUGUCCACACCUGCUGCAGCCCCCACCACAGAAACUGCCCCUGCUCCAGAACUAGAGCCAACUCCUGCACCUGCCCCUGAGCCUUCUACCCUUCCUACCCCUGAGGAAACCACUGCCAAUCCCACCCCAGCCGAGCAGCAUUCAUGGACUCUCCCUGAACCAGAGUCUCAACAGCAGCCUGCACAAGUGACAUCUCAAGAGACACAUGGCCAGGUGAUUUCUGUUCAGCAUUGUGAGUCCUCUCAAAUGGCCACAUGGGGUCCAGUACAGGUACAAGCACAUCAACAGUCAGCUGCUUGUUCAUGGCAAUCGGCUCAAGUGCAACCUCAGAACCCACCUCCAAGUCAGUCCCCACCCCAGCCACCCUGGGUAACACGUCAGUCUACUCAAAGUCAAGCGCAGAUUCAACUGAGCUCAAAUACUUGGACGCCUCAGGGGCAACCAUCCUGGACUCCGCAUGAAGAGCAAGCACAACCUCAGACAAAUGCUCAACCAUCCUGGGCCCAACCUCAAGAGCAGCUUCAGUCACAUCCACAGGUUCAGCCACCAUGGACACUCAUGAAGGAGAAGCAACACUUGCAGCAAACACAGGCAUCCUGGAGUCAAGCCCAAGAACCAGUACAGACACAACCCCAGAAUCAAUGGAUGCAGGCUCCCCAUACAGACUCUCAACAGCAGCUGCCAUGGGUUCAACAAAAACCUCAAGUACAGCCACCAUGGGUUCAACAAGUUCAGCCAGAAAUACAACCACAACCCCCUUGGGUUCAACAAGUUCAACCAGAAACACAACCAUCUUGGGGACAACAGCAACAACAUCAGGCACUCCCUCAAGCAUGGGCAAAUGCCCAAGUUCCAGGUCAACCUCAACCACCUUGGGUCUCAACUCCACCUCAACCGCAACCUCCUGCCAGUCCAUGGGCACAAUCGCAAACACAAGCCCAAACUCAGCCACCAUGGAUGAAUGCAGCUCAAGUACAACCUCAAGCACAGGCUCAAGUUAAUCUGAAUCCAUGGGCACCAGUUCCUGCACACACUCCAGCUCAGACAUCAUGGGCUCCACAACCUCCAGAACAUGGUGGUGAGCAACCUAUAAAUUCAUGGGCUCAGGACCAAAGUCAUGCCCAACAUCAGCCACCCUGGGUUCAAUCAGUUCCUUCACCGCCCACACCCCAGUCCAACUGGCAACAGUCCCUUUCAAAUACAUCUCAACAACCACAACUCAAUACAUGGCCAUCAGCUCAAGCCCAGCCUCCAACACCAGUUAAUGACUGGAGACCACAGCUACAGCAAUCAUCUUUGAAUGUUCCAUUAUCUACAGUAAACACCCAACCUUCACCUAAACCAUGGCACCCACCACAAAACCAGACUCCUCCUCCUCCGCCACGACGAAUGUUCUCUUAUACUGUUGGUCAAAAAGCCGCAUCGCCUGUCAACCCAAUGGCCACUGUCUUAAAUCCUAAAUUGUCCCCGGGUCCAGCUUUUGAGAUGCCAGUGGUCAAAGGAAAAGGAGCUGACAUGUUUGCUAAGAGGCAGUCUCGCAUGGAGAAGUUUGUUGUGGACUCUGAGACUGUUGAAGCCAACAAAGCAAGUCGUUCAACAUCGCCAGCUGCAUCCUUACCAAAUGAAUGGAAGUAUACACCCAAUGCAACUGGCAGGGGCUACACCCUUUCUCCACCAGCCAGGGUGCCGUUCACAGGCCAGAAAUCGGCGUCUGCUUCUUCCUCUCCCAAGCCUCCAACCCGAGCCUUCACCAACCCCCCGGUGAGGCAGACAUCCCGUUUGGACAAAGGCUUCAAACCCCUCUCCCCAUGGGAAGCCGCCUCCCGCCAUCCCCUGGGCCUGGUAGACGAAGCCUUUGCUUUUCAAGACCUGCAGCAGGCUCUUGCCUCCAAUGUCCACUUUGCUGCCCGGCGUAAAAUCCUACCUGAGCCACCUGCAGAGUGGAAAGGAAGAGUCAGUUACAUGACCCAACUGAAACCAGGCAGCCAGACUUGGAGCCAAAGCCGCAAUCAGGGCCGAGCUCCGAUUCCAUCGUUCGUGUCUCCGUCGAGGACCCCUGCCUCCAGCCCGGUUGGCCUGCAAGGUUACAGGUCACUGCCAAGGCAGUGGCAGCCCCAGAAGUACGUGGUCGAGGCUAACCAGAGACACUCUGUGACUUCAUUGGAGAGGCCAACAUACACGUCUGCGUACACCAGCAAUACCUGGAGCUGGAGGCGAUAGAAUACAGCCGAGACGUUUGGUAAUGAGUGUCUCCAUCCCUUAUCCUUUUCACCUCUUUGAACAAAACAAGCCAAUAGAUGAGAGAUUGUGUGACAGUUUAGCUUUCAAAACGAUAAUUUAAUGUUUCACUUAUUGUUUCAUCAAAUAAGUGACGAUGCAUGCUACAGUUAAAUGAGGAAAAAGGUGAUCAACACAACUAGAUUAUGUGAAUGUAAAUAAAGGAUAUCUGUAACAUUGAGCUGGAUUCUAACUAGACUGAGUCAGAGACUUCUACAGCUAUUGGCAUCUCCUGGUUAAGAUGUGCACAACAUCCAUAAAACACAUGUUUUGGUUCUCCUACUGUGAGCUUUGGAUAUUUUUUUAACUCCCAUAGCAUCGUCCACACUGUGCUUGGUAGCCAGAUAUAUCUGGAUGCUUUUCCAGCCUCGUUUUUCACAGUUGCGGUUCUUUUAAACUUGUCAAUCAUUGCUCUUCCUCUAGAUGAGGGCGACUUUACAUAAGAAGCUUUUUUUCUUGAUCAUUUUUUAUUAUUAAGUACACAUCCAUCAUACUUGAAUGGAUGUGUACUUCCAUUCAAGUUUCUUGUGGAAACAAGUUCUCUUGUGUUUCCAAUGUUGAAGAGUAGCAAAGAGAAAGUGGGUACUGCCAUUGUUUUACAUAUGCAAUGCAGUCAAAGUGCUUGGUUUCCAGAUUCUUUUCAGGUUUGCUUUUCUGUCAUUUUAAUAUAAGAGACAACUGGAGUAAAUACAGUAAAGGCAGUUUUUAAAUACUGUUAUACAAGAUUCUGUAAAUUACAAAUGAAAAGUUUCUAGACACUGAUCAACUUUUAAAAAAAGUUAAUUAUAAAUUAAGACGAUGCUUCAGUUACAGUUCUUUUAUAAAUGAGUAGGUCUGCAGUGAACUAUUGUGCCGAUGAUUGCGUAAAAAGAAAAGAAAAAACAAAUAUAUUUGUGAGGUUAUGCUCACAAAUUAACUUAUUUUUUAAGCUUUUCCAUCUUUACCAGGAGGGCCAGUAAUAUUUAAGAAAUGUGUACCUUGUUGAAGGAAUGAGUAUGUUGUUUAGAAGGGAUAUAUGAGUGAGGAUGGACAUCAAUCAGCUACGUUCAGCUUUGUUAUGGAAAAUUAGGACAAAUUGAUAUAUGCAUGAGAAAUUAGAAAAGAUGUCAAUAACUGUGUGUUGUCAGCAUAAUUAAAUAACCGCAACAGCUCAUUUUCAAUGUUUAUUGUUAGUCUUGUCUCGUUCCACUUGAGUUUUCGCAGGACAAAUUCAACAUUCUCUUGGGUCCAAAAAUGACGAGUUAUCUCCACACUAAAGAUCUUUUAUUGUUGAUUCCUGUUUUCAGUGUUGAAAUUUCAGACUUUUCCUUCACCCUUAAGGAUCUGCUUACUCCUCUUCAGGGUUGCGGUUGGGUCUCAAAGCAUUCAGUAUGUGAGAGGAGGGGUACACCACAGUUUGUCAGUCCAUCACUGAACCCUCCACACUCAGUCAUAUCUGUUUCUUGUUGGAUACAUUUCCAUGUCUAAAAACUUUUCUUAGAUGGAUCUUAAUCUAAAGAAAUUCAACACAUUUUGUGAAACAUAAAAUGCCUUAACAUUAAUUACAUUAUGUGUUCAUGUAUUCUACAGUGUGCGUGUGUUUGUGUUUUUUUAUUUUUUUUCCAUACAAAAUGUUUACUUGACCAUCUUGGGAUGAAGUUCCAAUCCUUUAAACACAGUCUAUGAAUGUACAAUUGUGGUCUAAUAGGUAUUAGCUGAAUUACUCAGAUAAUAGGUUGGACUGCCUUACCGUUGGAGCCGCUUCCAGUAUUCAACAUGAGAGAAUGUAUCAAUGCAGACAGAGUUUCUGCAUAGCGUAACAUGUAAGUAAUGUUAUUAAUGAUUAAUUUUGCAACAUUCAUAUGCAUUCUUUAACAUGUUGGAUUUUUUUUAUGUCCGAGCUGCCAUGCUGCAUGGAGAUUAGAUUAUUAGAUUAUAGUUACACUAUCUUGUGUGUAGAAAGGUGAGGCCGCAGGAUUAGAUUUUUUUUCUUCUUUUUUUUUAAACAAGAUAAAUAUUCAAUGAUUUGACUGGUUUUUAUGUCGGUAACUACCCUUAUAUCCUUCAGUCUGCAACAUGAGACCAAACCUGAACAAAAGUCCAGCCUGGACAUGCAGGCUUACUUGCAUUUAAUAGCCAUUUAAUACCCAUAGUAUCAAACAGUCAUAGUGCUGUUUGAUACUGUUUGAUACAAACUUUACACAAAGGCCCCAACUAAGAUUUCAACCAGUAAAUGAAGGAAUCCAUCUCAGCGAUUCCUUCUGUUUGAUGUUUUUGAGAAAAGGCAUGAGGCUAAAAAAUAAGGGAAAAAUAAUCUAUAGCCCAUUUGUCUUUUUUUUUUCUUUAAAAAUUGUGUUGUAUUUUAUGCAUCUGCAACUCACCCCCAUUUUGCUGUCAACCUUUUAUAUGUGUGGUGGUUCUUGAAGUGUUUGUGAAUUUCUGAUUGGUCAUUUUGAUUAGUGUUUGAAACACAAAACGUGAGGAGAAAGUGAAGAGUUGGCUAGAUUUCUCCACUGGCAGACAUCAUCAUGUCAUUUUGUGUUUGAAAUGAGCGCUUGUAACUCGAGAAAAGGUUAGCACCAUAAUUCGAUUAGCUGGAGGCAGAUAUGUCAAGUAACCAACAAACGAGAAGAGGCUUUUUUCUUCUUCUUUUUUUGAAGCAGGAUGCUUUAACAUGUGGCCAAAAUAGGCUUAAGAGGAUUUGAUGACUGUCCGACUGUUUUCAUUAGUUAAUUGGAAAAAAAUAAGUAAAGGCUCCUUUGGAGUUUGUAGCAAAUCAACUAAAUCAACUACAGUAUUUUGAGAGGCAAUGGACUUUUAAGUUGGCAUUAAGAGUUGGAUCGAAAACUUUGCUUAGAUAACAAGCUCACUGUGAAAAGGUUUUAUGAAAACUGUGUGCGGGGUGUGCUUUGUUAAAAAUUCAUAAUCAUCUCCAAAAACUAAAGUGUGGUUGUGUGUUUUCUGCAUAGAGUAAAUGUUGUUUUGACGUGAUUCUCUCUGGGCAAUGCCAGUAACAUGAGUAGGAUUUAUCUCACUGGUCACUUGUUUUCACUUGGUGUUUUGUUUAGCUACAGCUUAUUUGAUUGAUGAUUUAUACGUCCUUCUUAUAAAGAUGUGUAAAAAACUCUAAAAUAACGCUUCCUCUAUUGCGGUAACAUAAUUAGAGUUAAGUUUGGGAACCUUUAUUCAGUGGCGGAAAUACAAAAUGUAAAAAAAUACAUACAUAUUUAAUCUUUUUGACAAAUUCAGUUCUGUCACAGUAAUAUAUACCUUACUUUUUACACAUAUAUGUUGAUUGGGUUGUCUGGGCAUUUUUAAUUAGCAAUUCAGUUGGCAACAAUGGGGAAGUUUUUAUUAAAACAGUUUAUUUUAAGGGGUUUUGUGCACAUCUUUACCUUUUCCCAUUAUCGUGGGUGGGGAGGUUGUGAUGGCACAGGUUGCUUUCAAAUAAUAGCCAUAAUUCAUAGUGCUGUUUGAUACUGAAACAUACUUUCUGAAGUGUUUUUUUUUUUUUUUAACAAAAUAAACACAGCUAAGUAGCA